CAGGCACGUCCGUGACGUAACUAUAAGAGGGCGCCCCGGUGUUGGCGGCGAAUUUAAAGUCUCGGUUGGAGGGCUGCAAUCCAAGCAGUCUUGCACUUUUCGUGUAGGAUCGUACUUGGUUCGAGUAAAAGGAAAUGCCAGGCGACAGUGUCCCACUGCAGGAUCGUCCCUGCCUUAGUCUGCAGGACUCCAUGCUGACUCAGCCCAGGAAAAGCAAGUCCAGAGGCAUUCUUAGCGAGGGCCUGGACACUGAGUGCACCCCAACAGAUUUCAUCCUGCAGUUCACACCACCGCGCAAGCAACAGCGGCUCUUCAGCAAGGGGAAGGAGAAUGACAGCAAUCAAUUUGUUCUUAGCAGGAGAUCAAGGAGGAAAGACUCCUCACCAAACAUUUCAUGGGAUCAACUACCAGACGAGGUUGUUCUUAGGAUUUUCUUCUGCCUUCCUCUGCAGGACCUCGUCAGAAUAUCUGUAGUUUGCAAGCGCUGGCAACGUUUGGCGUUUGACGAGUCUCUGUGGCACAGUGUGGAUCUAGAGGGGAUGACCCACACGGCUCUGGCUCUGCAGCAGGUGCUGAGGACUGGCAUCCGCAGACUGCGCUGCCCUCGCUCCUUUGUGGAAGAGUUGCACUUAACAGGCAGAGGCUCUUUGCAGGUGGUUCAGAUGGAUCUGUCAAGCUCAAUCAUACCAACGUUGGCUCUGGAAGACAUCAUCUGUCGCUGCAGACUGCUAGAAUGUCUGAGCCUGGAGGGUCUGCAGCUCUCUGACACCAUCAUCAGCUGUCUGGCAAAGAACACCCGCCUACAGGAGCUCAACCUCAGCGGCUGCUCUGCCUUCUCCGCUCCUGUGCUCACUAGGAUGCUUAAAUCCUGUUCCCGUAUACAACAGCUGAACUUAUCAUGGUGCACCUUUGAUAAUAAUCACAUAAAGAGCGUCGUUGAUAAUCUCAGUUCCAGUGUUACACAUCUCAACCUCAGCGGUUACAGAGAGAGCCUCACCCUAAAUGAUGUGAAGGUGUUGGUGGAAAAAUGCCCCCAGAUUAAAACUCUAGAUUUGAGUGAUAGCACUCUGCUGACAGCUGACUGCUUACCUGUCCUCAGUCAACUCAAGCACCUGCUGCAUCUGUCCCUGAGCCGCUGUUAUCACAUUCACCUUGCUGCUCUCACUGACGUGGGUAUAAUGUUCCCUGUGCUGAGCCAGCUGGAUGUGUUUGGGCUGGUGCAAGAUAGCCAGCUGCCCUCUCUGAAGAGGGAGAUGCCUCAUGUGAGCAUCAACUCCAGACCCUUUUCAAGCAUCGCCCGGCCCACACCGGCCAGCAGGUUUGUUGGAUCCACCAGCGACCGCACCAUGUGGAACAAGAAGUGUCGACUGCGGUUUGGACUGUAACAACCAUGGCUCCUCCUUAUUUCUUUAGUCCAGUUAGUUUGUAACGCAGAGAGUUUUGUCCUGCAAAAUUCCAAUGCAUUCAGGUCUGACCUGGUGUGCAGUAAUGGAACAAUGUUUCAGUGUUUGCUGCUAAAGAAUAUGCUUUCUAGCCUUGCUUGCACAUUUGUGUGCUCUUAAAUGCAGAGCACGCAAGCUUGUGAAGAAAUGUCAGGGUUGUGAAGUGAAACGUUACAUUGUUUUAGGUUCUAAUAAUGUGUUAAUUCAUUUAAAAAAUGUAUUGAGCAUGGUUUACAAGGGGGUAAAGUGAUUUAAUUGGCUAAAUACUCGUAUCAGUUUUGCUCACUAAUAUCUGGAAAUCAGUAAAUGCAUAACGAAGGUAUGUUAAGGAGGCAUUUACUGUGCUGCCUAAAUGAUCACAGAUCUUUUGAUAAGCUUAAUGAUUUUAAAACGGCCUCUUCUAUUUUAGAAAAGUCAAAUAUUGACUAUCGUCCAAAUAAUUUUAACUUGUAAUCCAACAUUUAUCAGUUGCAUCCUUACCUCCAGCUGUCGACAUAUUUAACAGUAAAAGUGUUUUGUGUGUGUCAGCUGUAAGAAUGAGAGAACAUUUGAUUUUAAUUGAACCAGUUUUAAUGACAACUGAUAUAUGUGGAUCGGUCUCAACACAUUGUUGCUAAAGAGACUACCUUUUAUGGACUUCCAAAUAAUCUGUGUUGCUUGGAGUAAUCCAAGUAGCUCAAUAGUGUGGUUGUGUUUGCCCUCGUGUCAGCUUUAACUCUAGAGGAACAUGUGAAUGACUUAUUUUCACCUCUGCGUCCUUUCUCAUAAACCACUUUAAACUAAAAGCUAUUGAAUUUUUCUGUGGGAUUUAUUUAACUUAAGGAAACUUAAGAUAAGGAAAUGUACAGUUUGUGCCACAUGUUUAUGUAAUGUUUGCCUCUGCAGCAUCAGUGGAUUAUUAGAUCAAUAAUGAUGUUCAAAUGUUAAGUUUGAUUUAAGUUUUAAAAACUAUUGCUUUUCCUGUAGAGAAAUGAGUUGUUAUACAUUGUCCAGUUUUAAGGCUUAAAAGUAUUUGGACAGUGAAGAAGUAAGCAGAUAUUUUAGAUUUCUUGUACUAAACUUGGAUUCGAUUGCUACUUGUAUGAACCGACAGGAGUGAAGAGAUGUGAAUAAAUUGAAAACCCUGAAAAAUCAUAAAAGACCUAUUGGAGAUCCCAAAAGGUUCAUUCUGUUCAUCUGGAUCGUGUUUUCAAUGUGAGAAAUGUUUUCUCACUCAUCCGAGUA